AUGACAUUUUCCGAGAUCGCGGGACGGCUGCUGAAAGGGCCAGGACACUCGCAGCCGCCGUCUGGCAAAGAGCACCUAAUUGAAUCUCAUCCUUCGCCAGAGCGAGCCAGCAUUUCCUCCUUUCUAGCUUCGCCCGAGUCAGACAACGGUCAUAUCACAGCCCACGAAGGCAUGCUCGGCAUCCAUCUGGGCGACCAAAGAGGACACUCCACCGCCUCUUCGUGGGCAAAACCUAGACCUUUGUCAGACAUUCGCGAAGUCACCGAAUCAAGCUUUGCAGACACCCUACCUCGGAACGCCUUGACAAAAACCUUUCCCCGAAGCACCUCUCGCACGGAGAUGUCGCGGAAGCCCUCUGUUGCUACGAGACGACGUCCGAGCAACGACAAUCGGUACGGUGAAAAUGUAGAACCUGACAGAAAGAAUAGCAUCGAAAGCAACGGCAUAAGACCCAUUCACAGGGGUCGGACGUCUAGAUCACCAUCACCAUCAAGUCCUGCAGACAACCACAGCAUAUCGAGCAUAUAUAGCAUACCAGCCGGUACCGUCCCACCACGAUCGUCCUCCCGACCUCGUGCACCUAGCACUUCUCGAACCCGACAGCCACAGCAGAUACCACCUAUACACAUAACCCAAGCGACUGCGACGAACACGCUUAGUGCCAUACCUACUAUACUGUUUCCGCCUCUUAGCAAUAAUACCAACACUAUCAUUCGGCAUGGUCAAUCGCAGUCUCCUUUGCGCCACAUUGUUGCUCGCCUUGACCCCAUAACUCAUGACACCCACCGACGCAUACCUUCCAGAACAUUUGUUCGCGAUCCACUAUCGAAAGAGCUCCUAGAGUUUCCAUCACACCGACAUCCGCGAAUCGACCUUGGCCUGGAUUUAUCCGCAGGCAUAUUCGUAGGCGGAGGCUCCAUCGAAGGGACCGUCCAGAUAAACGUCGACGAUGCAGAGCGAAUACGUCAUAGAAGGACUCUGGACAUUGCCCGGAUAUCCAUCGAUCUCCUUGGGACCGAAGAGGUGAGCGGUAAUAGACGAGCUGUCUUUCUGAAUCUCGCUACGGAGCUCAUCGAUGAGCAAAACCCGCCGCCUCAGAACAUGGUAGACACCCAGGAGCCAAUAAGCUCGGCAGAUCUUUUCUGGCACCUGAUGCCUUCUACGACCAAUCUCGCGUUCAAUCUGAGCCUACCUCUUAACGUUGGUCCUCCGCCCUUUCAUUCAAAGAAUGCAAGAAUCCGCUACAUACUUUGCGUGUCACUUCUUAUUCGCGACCAAGGAAGACAGUAUAUUGUCAGAACUUCCGAAGAUGUUACAGUGCUCUCAGUGUACGAUCCUGAAAAGGCACUCAUGUCGCUACCUAGUCCCUUGAAUGCAUCAGACGAGUGGAUAAAGCCCCGAGAUACCACCGUUGAGGUCGUUCGGGUCACCGCAGGCUUACAUCGACAAGUUUGGGUCAGCGGUACGAGCCUCUACGUCGAUGUCCAUGUUGCCAACAACAGUCGCAAGACGGUCAAGAAGAUUGAACUACAGUUGGAAAGGGACAUACUCUGCUACAAACACGCUGCUGCGGCAACGAUGGAGAAGUCUGCUGGUCAGGCUCGCAUCUUUGACAGCAACGAGCGGUCUAUCCUCAGCAAAGCAGUUGUCAAGCACGGUUGCGCCGGCUGGAACGGUGUUUCCGCACACCAGACUCAUAUCAGGACCUGUGGUCUCGAAAUACCCCGCGGCCAUGGUACAGUGAAAUGUGGCAAAUACUUCGAAGUAAGAUACUUUCUAAACGUCAUUGUCGCCAGCGGACACACGUCAGUAUUGUCAUCUAUCUCACCGACCAAGCUGACCUCCUGCAGAAAGCUCGUUACCGUCCAACUACCAAUCGUACUCAUCCACAUGAACUCCCUCGACGUGGUCCCCAACUCCGUCGCCCAAGUUGCCAUGGCCAUCGAAGAAAAGCGCACAGCCCGCCACUCUCCACCACGCCUAGGGCGUCGUCCAUCUCAAUCGGUACAAGGCCGCGCGUUUGCAGCACCGCGCAUGCAAUCCCUGGAACGCAUGCGCGCACGCGACGAAGCCAUCCAGGAACUAGGCCAAGCCAUUGAGCGAAGCCCCCGCAAAUACGGUCUCCGCCGCGCAAACUCCAAUUUCGAUUACCAUACCCCCCCUUCCAACCGCAAAGGCAGGAUCCUAGGCGAUGGCGAAGCAGCAGAUCUCCAAGACCGUCUUCGUCGUGUAAGAUCGAAUGAGACGAUUGGAUCGCGACCCCCGACUCUCCACCGCGUUAAUUCUAUGCGGUCAAGACGAGGCGCUGCAUCGGCUUUUGGGUUUCGGGAAGCAGAGGUUAGGGAGGAUAUUGAGCUAGGGGGGUUGGGUGCAUCGGGUGAUGGGCCAUUGAAGGAGAGGUUGGAGAGGACUAGUGAUCGGCAGUAUCGGUUCAGCAAGAAGAAAAGCGUGGAGAAGUGGAAGGGGGUGGCGAAUGUGGGGGUUGGAUGGUUGAAGGGGAGUGGGGUCAAGGAUGAGAGGGAGAGGGAGGGAUGGGUGUGAUGUGUGCGCUCUGUCUCCUUAGAUGAGUCUUUGGUACGUUGGAUAGCGCGUGCGAUGCGUCGAUUGAAUGUUUUGUUUCUUUUGGCUGGGCUUGAACGUGCCAUUGUCAAACGCGAUACAGAUAUAAAAAGUGAUCAAGCAACAUGGUCAAAAGUAAAGCUAGUGUUAUUCAAUUAGGUCUGUCCGGUUGACAGCCUGAAUGCUUCGAUACUUGAUACAAUCAUAUCUCAUAGUAGU